AUGGCGUCGGUGAUUUCGUCGUUGCCUGGUCAACAACAACCGGUUGGGGAGAUGGAACAACCGAACCCACAAGCUGUUUCAAGUGGUACUGCUUGGCAUUCUUCAUCCGGCUCUAUUGGGCCAUUCUUUGCAGUUAUUUCUGUGCUCGCAGUUCUUGCAAUAUUUUCUUGUAUUUUGGGACGGAUAUGCACCCGGAAUGAAGUGACCUCACUAGACACUAUGAAGCAUAGAGGCUGCUUUGGAUGGCUGCGGUGGAAGUGCCGACGGUGCAUGACUGGAGAUGUUGAGGUGGGAGCUAAAGUCAUGGCUUUUGGUGAAGAUCAAAGAUUUGAAGGAAAGGAUAAAGAUUCCCUACAUGUUGAACAACUGAAUCAAUUAAAGGAGAUAUUUGCUCGGUUUGACAUGGACUCGGAUGGCAGCCUGACCAUUUUGGAACUUGCAGCAUUAUUAAGGUCUCUGGGACUCAAGCCCUCCUGUGACCAAAUUCAUGCUUUAUUAGCCAGCAUGGAUUCUAAUGGCAAUGGUUUUAUAGAAUUCGAUGAACUGGUCCAUGCCAUAUUACCUGAUAUAAAUGAAGAGAUUCUUGUAAAUCAAGAGAAACUUUUAGGGGUAUUUCGUUUAUUUGAUCGCAAUGGGAAUGGCUACAUUAGCGCCGCCGAGCUAGCAGGGUCUAUGGCCAAAAUGGGGCAACCAUUAACGUACAAGGAACUCACAGAGAUGAUCAAGGAGGCAGAUACUGAUGGUGAUGGUGUCAUUAGCUUCAAUGAAUUUGCAACUGUUAUGGCAAAAUCAGCCAUGGAGUUCUUAGGCAUCAGUUUGCCAUUUACCAAUUGA